AUGAAGCCGGGUUGGUUCGUCUUCAUCUACGGGAUUGUGUUGCUACUGGUUCAUGUCGAUGGUCGGAGUGUACAAAAGGAUUGCUUAACAAUGUUACCCGAGUCAAGGGUAGUUCAGUAUGUUUUUCUAUGUAUUAUUUUUAAUGUUUUUUAAACAUUAUUAAAUUUUUUUUAUUUUUAAAAUUUUGUUGUAAGACAAACAAAUUAAGUUUAUAUUUAUAAAAGUUUUAAGAUAUUAUAUUGUGUUAAAGCAUUGCUUUCUAUUAUUAUAUCUUCAGACGCUUCAUCGUUACGUGCUCUAGUGUGCCCUUUCGUUUUCGAUCGUCGACUGGUGAUAUUGAUGGUAUAGUCAAAUUAGGGCUGCAACCGGACUUGCAGUGUGUGAAGUAAGUAUUUUUUAAGGCUUAUAUGAUUUUUUUAGAGAUAAAGGCAAAAAGGUAUCGGUAUGGAUAGACGACUGCCGAGCUAUCACUUUUGCUAUAUUCACCGAAGAAGGGAGAACGUACAGACAAAUUGUUAGCGGUGAGUUCCUUUUGAUCUGACAAGCUUAUUCUAAAUUGAAGUACUACUUACUAUUACUUAAAAAUUGUAUAAAAAUUAAUUUGUCAACCAUAAUUAAAUUUUAAAAUUGUUUUUACUACUACAAUUUCCAGCUGUAAGAUCAUCAGAAGGCCAAAAAACUUUUGCAAUUCCGGCCGAUCCAACACUCCGUAUCAUAAAAGGUACUAUUAUUGUUAAUUCUGGAAAUAAAACUAUCCAUGUUCGUCACAAUUGUCCUAUCACCGCUUUUCAAAGCAGACCAUGGGAUAUUGAAAUUGAACAAAGUUUGACAGAAUGCCCUAUUCAGGUCAGUUACGUACGUCCAAGUGCUGGAUAUGGUGAUUCAUUCUUCAGCAACUCCUACAAUUGGCAAUUCACUCUGAUGCUGGUGUAAGUUAAAUUUACCUUUUUUGGCAUUUUAAACUUAAAAAUGAAAUUUUAAGUAUAAAAUUUAAAAAAAAACAAAAUUUGAAAUUUUAGGUAUAAUGUAAAAAUGCAGUCCACAAUAACACUUUUAUUACUUUUUUUGGUUUUUAUGCUAUUUUAUAACGUUUUGACUCUUAACAUAACUUAAAAAAGCAUUUUUCAAAAUGACCUUAUCAUAACUUCAGCGUGUCUUUCUUCACCAUCCUCAUCUUUGUAAUCAACGCUUCCUGUGGCCAUUUCUUUACUCCCAUUGGAAUCAUUGUACCAAUAGAAGACUUUAGUUCCUACCGCAUUCGCUCAGCUGUCGUUGUCUGUCCUGGACGAAACUCUGGAAAAAUUAACUUAAGAUCAAGGGUGUCAGGAAAAUCAUCGAAGAAAGGCAGAAAAGCAUUAAAGAAAGGUGAGAAUGGAUCAAAGAAGGCAAGACAAAGCUCAAAAAAGAGAAGUCAGAGCUCCAGAAUGUCAGAGAAGAGUACCACCGGAAAGUCAUCUCGUCAAAACUCUCAAAGAUCAGCACGUUUAACUCGCCAAAGUUCAAUUAGAGAGAGCAGUGAUUGA